CCCAGUAGCAUAAUAGUACAAUAUUGAACCGGAAUACAUUUUUUUUAGUAUUGAGCGAAAAUACGCGUGUUAUACUAAUUAAAUUGGACUUAUUGAUAUAACAUCCAAAUCAUCAGCAUCAAUUAUGGGUAAAUUGGCUACAAAUGAAGCUGCAAAGCAGAAAAACGUCGUUCAGGGAUCGGCAAUAAAGAAACCUCGUGGAAACCGUACUGUUGGUAAAAACAAUGCUUUGAACCGUUUGGCCUUCUCGCAGAGGUGGCUGGAAGACAACGACAAGGAUCGUAAACCAUUCAGUGAUGAACUGUUCAGCAACGUAUUUUCUAAGGAAAAUAUCGAGAAAUUGGUUGAUGUUGUCAAGAAUGCCACAGAGACCGAGGUGAGCCAAAGUCGACGACUCUUGCCGGAUGACUACAUCUACUCGCUACAAAUAACCAGCCAGAGAGUACCCCAUGUCCCGGUGCAUUUGUCACGAAUUCUGUUGCCGCAUUCCAUCGAAACAACCGAGGCCGACGUUUGCUUGUUUGUCAGAGAUCUGAAGCGUGGCCGAAAAUUAGACUUUGAGCCCACAAUCAAACACUACGAGCAACUAUUGCGGUCAAAGAAGGUCACCCAGCCAAUAACAAUCAUACCGGUCAAUCAAUUGUACAAUGAAUUCGCAUCAUUCGAAUUGCGUCGUAAGCUCACAUACUUGUAUGACAAGUUUUUGGUGGAUAAAGCCGUUGCAGCCCAUGUCAAUGGUUUUCUCGGCAACAAAAUUAUGCUGAAAGGUCGAUCAGCCAUACCAAUUGACAUACAGAGCGAAAAUCUUCCGGAUGAAAUUGAAACCAAUUUGCGGAAAGUGUUCUACAAGCACAUCAACAACGGAAUCGUUCAAAUGGUGCCAGAUCGGUGUAGACACAGUAUGAGCAAAGAACAGAUUGGUGAAAACAUUAUCGAAUUACUGAAGCAAUUGGGCACUCUACAUCCGGGUGGAUCAAACAACAUUUACAAAUUGCAUUUGAAACCGAACGUUAACAUUUCCGUGGCCGUUCCAAUUUACAUCAAUACGGAAAAAGCUGAAAAUUUGCGUCCGUCAAAUGUCACCAAAACCGAAGCACCGGUUCCCGAUGGUCUCACUAAAGUCAGAAUUCAAGGCAAGUCAAUAAUUGGUGACAACAUUGUGACUAGCGAUGACGAUACGGAAACGGUUGAAGCAAAACCAACCACUAAACCCGAAGUAGCUAAAGCCGCUGCUGCGCCCAAUGCACCAAAAGUCGAAGAUACUCAAAUUCAGAAUUUGAUUUUGACCAAUUUAAAGAAAAUGGUCGGAAACGAGGCACCCGCUCUGCCCAAGAAACAAGUUAAUCAAUCUAAUACCGGUACCGCUAAUAAAGCGAUUGCACGUCGUGCGAAUCCGCCUCGUGCGCAAAUGCGUAAUGCUGGCAAUAAUAUGAAUCGACAACAGUCGAUCGGUAAUCGAAACGACGGUGGGAAUAAUCGCGGCAACAUGGGAUCUCUGAAUCGCAGCUACAGCGGAAACGGUAACAGUAUGCUGUCAGACUUUGGUUUGAAUCGAAAUAUGUCAUUCGGAAAUGAUCUGGGCAACAACAUGCGAAACAGCAUGGGUGGUGACCUGGGUGGCAAUAUGAGUUUCGGUGGAAAUUUGCGCGGAAACUCAAAUUAUGACAAUAAUAUGAUGCGUGGAGGUUUAUCGAACCCGUCCGAUUUCAGUUCUGAUUUUAGUAGCAUAGGCAUGCGAAGAUCGAGUAUGAUGGGUUGGGUUCAAUGGGAUCCAAUGCGAUGGGAUCGAGCGGCAGAGGAUUCGAUAAUAGUAGCGGAAUGGGAAUGUCUGGUUCGAGUUUCAACAGUGGAAGCAUGUGGGGAAAUAGUAACAAUUCCAAUGGAGGUGGUGGUAGUGGCGGCGGUUACAACAACUCGUGGAACGGAAAUUCGAACCGUUUCUAGUAAUUUCCUUGACACACUCCUGAUCAUAAACAAAAAAAGUACUUUUAAUUUAUCAAUGAAAUUAUCGCAUUAGCUCGUAAUUUGUAUUAUUAGUUCAAGAACAAAUCUGAACAUUUAACCGAUUCUUUUUGGUAUUAUUUUUUUUAUAAAACGUAAUGUAGAAUCUAAUGUACUUUGGUUCCAUUAAAGAUCUUUGACGAUGCGA